AUUAGAAGGAAAAAGGAUUAAGAUUUAGGACACAAAUGUCAUUAUCGAAGAGUUUUGUCCAAAAAUCAGCACCUGAACCCCGCGUUUCUCUCUCUCUCUAGCUUUCUCUACUUUUUUUUGUUUUCAAUCAAAUCACUGUGAAUCUCUUCUAUCUCUUUCUCUCUCUACCUUUUUUUUUUUCAGCUUUGAUUUUCGGAAGCCAGAAAAUUACAACAAAAGGAAUGCUUUUUAUACAUGCAGACAGAAAAUGAACAGACACCCAAUGAAUCUCUAUAGCUGCUCGAUCUGAAGUUUAACUUCGUUCAUCUUUCAACUGACUUGGGUGUUUUGGAGAUUUGGAGAUGUUAAGACCUAAACUAACAUGAGCCAGGCUGAAGUAUUGAGGAUGAAGCCACCUCUUGUUCCGCUUGCGACCUUGAUUGGUCGUGAGCUGAGAAACGAGAAAGUUGAGAAGCCUUUCGUGAAGUACGGACAAGCUGCUUUGGCCAAAAAAGGAGAAGAUUACUUUCUGGUUAAACCUGAUUGUCAGAGGAUUCCCGGGAAUCCAGCAUCGUCAUUUUCAGUGUUCGCGAUUUUUGAUGGGCAUAAUGGUAUAUCAGCUGCCAUUUUUGCAAAGGAGAACUUAUUGAGUAACGUCUUGAGUGCAAUACCGCAAGGCAUCAGUAGGGAGGAGUGGCUUCAAGCCCUUCCUCGGGCUCUGGUUGCUGGCUUUGUGAAAACGGACAUUGAAUUUCAGCAGAGAGGGGAAACUUCCGGGACAACAGUCACAUUUGUUGUGAUUGAUGGAUGGACUGUCACUGUUGCAUCCGUGGGUGAUUCUCGGUGUAUAUUAGACACCCAAGGGGGCAUAGUUUCUCUCCUGACUGUAGAUCAUAGGCUAGAAGAGAAUGCAGAAGAAAGGGAGCGUGUCACUGCCAGCGGGGGUGAAGUAGGAAGGCUUAAUGUUUUCGGGGGCAAUGAGGUUGGUCCACUUCGUUGCUGGCCUGGUGGGUUAUGCCUCUCUAGGUCAAUCGGUGACACAGAUGUUGGAGAGUUUAUUGUCCCGAUACCACACGUUAAGCAAGUGAAGUUGUCAAAUGCUGGAGGUCGACUUAUUAUUGCUUCAGAUGGUAUUUGGGAUGCUUUAUCUUCAGACAUGGCUGCCAAGUCUUGUCGGGGAUUACCAGCAGACCUUGGAGCAAAGAUGGUUGUUAAGGAAGCUUUGAGGUCGAGGGGCCUAAAGGAUGAUACAACCUGUCUGGUUGUUGAUAUUAUCCCGUCUGACCAACCGGUCCUACCUUCAACUCCAAGGAAGAAGCAGAAUAUGCUCAGUUCAAUUCUUUUCAGGAAGAAAUCUCUAAAUUUCACAAACAAGACUACAAAUAAACUUUCUGCCAUUGGAGUUGUUGAGGAGCUCUUUGAAGAGGGUUCUGCCGUGCUUGCCGAAAGGUUGGGUAAGGAUUUCCCCACGAAUGCAAACUCCGGAAUCUUCCGAUGUGCAGUCUGUCAAGUUGAUCAACCUCCAGCUGAGGGUUUAACUCUGAGCUCUGGGCCAUUUUUCUCGCAAGGUUCGAAGCGCUGGGAAGGACCGUUUCUCUGCACUAACUGUCAGAAAAAGAAAGAUGCCAUGGAAGGAAAAAGGCCAAGCAGGCCCACAGUGGUCGCAUAACAUCUAAUUUGGUAACAAAAAGUAAAUAUGGUGUGAUAUUUUUUUUCCCUUGCUAUGGUUUUGCAUUACCUGGUGAUUGCAAUAGAUGUGGCUAAGAAUCAAGGUAGAAAUAGAGUUAGGUGUUGUUUUGCCAAUUAUUGUUUGCGAGUUUACGUUGGCUGUUUUACCAACCAAACUCCGGACAAAGAUUUUAUGCUAUCUGAUAGAUAAUCGUGUGAGUUUACAUUGUCUGUUUUUACCGACCAACUCCGGAAAAAAAGAAGCUAUGUGAUAGAUAUUUGUGAUAAGUUUUGAUUGCUAACAGCAUGAAUGUUGUAAGUAAAA